AUGGCAAUGUCAGCGUUGACUUCUGAGCGAGCUUCCAGCAGUCGAAAUGUAUUGAGGCUUUCUAUUCACAACGAAGAGGGGAUUGAAGAAAAGGUUAGAAUCGAUACCAUCAUCGAUGCGGAAGCUGCUGCAAAAGAAAGACGCAGAGCUCAAAACAGAAUUGCUCAGCGGAAGCACAGGCGCCGAAAGGCCGAGAAGAAGCUAUCUGCCAUGUCCCAAUCACCCGAUCUUCGAAUGCCGUCCCACACUGGGCCUUGCUGUUCUUGUGUUGCAGGGCGUUCAGGAGAUGUAGGCACAGAGGAUUAUAGCCAGAGUUUCAUGUCCAUCACAUCGCCAAACUCAUCGUAUGGCCCUCUCACACCCUCUGCUUUUUCUGAUUAUGAGGGCCAUUCCAGCCUCUCCGCUAGGGAGGUGAUCGGCAACGAGCUCCCCAACCACUGGUCUCCAUUUUGGCCAGCGACUUCUCCGUUAUUCGACACCGACGCUAAUAUCCUGCCGCCCGGAGACGCUCUUGCUAGCCGUAGCCACAGCCCCAUCCCGAGUUCAGCGUCACUGGAUAUUCAGCCUUUUCAGGAUUCGCAGUCUUCAGCAACAGCCCUGCCGUACGACGUAUCACCGGACCUCUUGAGGAGGCAAAAGAGCAAUUCUUUAUCCCCAGAGGGACCUAUUGGCGGCCAGUUCCCUCUGCACUUGGCAGCAAGGGGUGGGUAUAUAGGAACCAUAAGCCUCCUGAUUAGCAGGGGAGCUAGGCUAGACAUUAAAGACACAUAUGGGCGAACUGCGCUGCACUAUGCUGCUGAGGCUGGUCAAUUCGAGGCUGUGACCAUGCUGCUCUCUCUGGGAGCGAACCCGUUUCUGGCGGACGGCGAGGGAUGUAGUAGCUUACAUGUAGCUGCCAGUAAGGGACGAGAAGACAUAGUUCGGGUGCUGAUGGAGCGGGGGAUGGAUCCCAAUCUUGGGGUCGGGAGUGACAUUGAAGCAUCCUGA